AUGAUACGUUACACAGUCGGUUUGAGGACAACAGCAGAGAAACAUUGUGAACAGAAUGAGGCUUACCUACUGGAAAUAGACACUGAAAUAGAAAAUACUUGGGCAAUGGAGACCUUUCUUAAUUCUCAGAAACAUGGUGUCUGCAGUUACAUGUGCGCAUGUUCAAGGUGGAUUGGGGCAACGGAUAUCGACAAAGAAGGAGAUUUUACCUGGAACGGGAACACCAAAAUAAAUUAUUCCAACUGGCAUCCUGGUCAGCCCGAAAAUGGCAGAAAUGGCAACUGUGUCCAACUUUGUCAAAGUGGACACUGGGAUGACACAAGCUGUGGAUGGGACAAAGCAUUCAUUUGUGAAAAAGAGUGA